AUGGUGUUCUCCGUUUUGUUCUACGACCCCCAAAAGUCUCACGGGAUUCAUCUGAAGUCGACUGAUAGAAAGGGACAGACUGAUAGUAAGGGACAGACUGAUAGAAAGGGACAGACUGAUAGUAAGGGACAGACUGAUAGUAAAGGACAGACUGAUAGUAAGAGACAGACUGAUAGAAAGGGACAGACUGAUAGUAAGAGACAGACUGAUAGAAAGGGACAGACUGACAGUAAGAGACAGACUGAUAGUAAAAAGGGACAGACUGAUAGAAAGGGACAGACUGAUAGUAAGCGACAGACUGAUAGAAAGGGACAGACUGAUAGAAAGGGACAGACUGAUAGUAAGGGACAGACUGAUAGUAAGGGACAGACUGAUAGAAAGGGACAGACUGAUAGAAAGGGACAGACUGAUAGUAAGGGACAGACUGAUAGAAAGGGACAGACUGAUAAGACUGACAGUAAGGGACAGACUGAUAGAAAGGGACAGACUGAUAGAAAGGGACAGACUGAUAGAAAGGGACAGACUGAUAGAAAGGGACAGACUGAUAGUAAGUGACAGACUGAUAGUAAGUGACAGACUGAUAGAAAGGGACAGACUGAUAGAAAGGGACAGACUGAUAGAAAGGGACAGACUGAUAGAAAGGGACAGACUGAUAGAAAGGGACAAACUGACAGUAAGAGACAGACUGAUAGUAAGUGA